CUCUAAGCCAUUUAAGGGAUGUCGUCCAAGUAACAGAGACAGACAGAGAGUGGAACUUAAUGCCAGGGAGCUAAAGAGCCAGCGCUUUUAAGACUGGGAAUUUGGAGAUGGCUUCAGAAGAUUUGUCAAAUGAGGAUCCAAAGACUGAGGACACAGGACCUCCUGAUACUCGUACAGUCAAGAAAAAGAAAAAAAAAAUGAAAGAUGCAGUAGAUACUUGUGGCGAGACUAACAGCCAAGAGGGCAAUUCUGAUCAAUUACAGACUGAGAUUGAAAAACUUACCAAAGUGGGACACAAGGCUCUUGUAUCUGGUGACUUUCAAAAUGCAUUGGCCUCCUUCAAGAAGGCUUUUCUGCUUUCACUGGGUACCAAAAUAAAGACAGUACAAAGAGCCUGCGCUUUUAAUCUUGGAGCUGCAUAUGUGGAAACAGGAAAGCCUGAGAAAGGAUUAGAAUUCUUGUUAAAGUCACAGCCGAAAGACAAUGAAGAACAAGGAAAACACAUAGGAGAUCUUCAUUUCAAUCUAGGCAUGGCCUAUGAAGGGAUGUGGGACUUUCCCAAAGCCAUAGAACAUUUUAGGAAAGCUGCUACUCUCUACAAGCCAUCUCAGCCUGGGAAUGUGGCAGACACACACAUGAAGAUGGCACACUGUUACUUGGGCAUGAAGGACAGUGAACGGGCAGCUCGGUGCUUUCAGGAGGCUGGGGAACUAUAUAUGGAAGUCCAGUGGUUGGAUAUGGCAGCUCGGGCUUUUAAUGAUGCAGCUAAUUACAUGUUGCAAAGCCAAAACUUUAAUUCAGGUCACAUACUUCAAAUUCUCAAUGAGACUCGUCUGCUGUGUGAACACCUUUCUAAAAAGGAUCUGUUAGGUAAGGUGUACAAUGACAUCGGUCUGAGCUAUGCACAGCUGAAGGUCUUCUCAAUGGCUGCCGAGUGCUUCCAGAAGGCUCUCCAGUUCUGCCAAGAUGAUUCAGGAGACAGGCGCAAGGAAGCUGUCGUGUUGCAAAACCUAGGAGCAGCAUACAAUACCCUGGAGCAGUUUGAAACAGCCUUGGAGUUUCACAAGAAGGCAGCCUCCCUACACAGCAUUUUGGGGAACCGUAGAGCACAGGGACAAUGCUUUGGAAACCUGGCUUAUGCUCUGAGCCAACUUGCGGACCAUGAAGGAGCAGGAGAAAGUUAUCUUCACUCCUUACAAGCCUUCACAGAUUCAGCUGAUAUCCAUGGACAGUGGCAAGCAUGUGAGGGCCUUGGAGCUGCUAGAUUCUGCCUUGGAGACCCUGAAAAAGCCAUUCUGUAUUAUAAGCAGGCUCUGUCCCUUCUCUCAAGAGCAAAGGAUGUUUCUGACAAUGUACAAGAACGGAUUGUAAAUAAACUGACAGAUGCCCUACAGUACAAGCUUUCUGUGAACAGCCGGCUCUCACAUGGGGGUGGUAUAACCCCAGCUGCGCCUCUUAAAUCCUUCCCUGCAAAGUUACAAGAUGCAAGUUUACUUAGAUACACUACGGGUUUGACUUACAGGCACCAGAAUAAUCCAGAAAUCCCUGCACAAGAGCGCACCCUAUCUCACACACCUUUUGUAAGGCCAGUUCUUCUGCCCCAGUCUAUUGAGGAACCAUAUGUGACAAUGAAAGGAGGUCCUACAGUAGGGGACAAGAGGAAUGUAAGAAUCAACCAUCAACUGACUACAGAUGAUAACAAUUCUGCAGGGGAAGAAGAGGAUUCAGACAGUCUAACAGUGAUAACGGACAUGUACUCAGAAGAGUGUGAAGAACAAGACUCAUCUGUGGCCUCUUAUAGGAACUACCCUCUGGCUAACAGCAAUUUGAACAACACCUAUCUGCACCCUGACCCAGUCUACCAGAACGGUAUCCAUGGUGAAACAUUGCACAGCACACAAAAAAGCAAUCAUGACUAUGAAACAUUGAAGCUGAGGACACAGACAGACAGAAAUUUAACAGAUCAUCCAGACAGACUUCCUGUAACAAGACCAGAACCCUCUCAAAAACCAAGGAAAUCCAGGCUUGAAUCAAGAAUGUGCAACAUCAUGUGAAUUUCAUGUGAAUUCAAGUCCAGGGAGACUAGGCUUGAGAAGGGCAAGUUCAGAUUCAUUUUUCAAACUUUGCAAAUGACAAAUGAACAACACAGCACAAGAAGACUUCCUAUUAUUCAAGCGUUCAGAAUCUGGGCUUGUUGAGUAACCUGGGUGGUCAUCAUGAAAAUGAAUGCACAGCCCUCACAUUUAUACAACUUCCUUUUUAGAGAAUAUUAAUGAACUAUGUUUCAAACAUUCUGCACUUUAUCAUGCAACAUGUCACUUUGUUGUAAUGCAACAAAAAAUCACAAUGACUAUCAUUCAAUGUCAUUCCAACUUCCUAUUUAUCGCACAAUUUGUAAUGAUGUUUCAGCUACAAGUGGAGGGUUAUUUGUUGUUGAGUUGUACUUGCCAACUUUACAAAACAUUUUAGGACAGUUUUUUGUUCUUUUGUCACAUUGUAUAAUUGUCUGACAUAAAUAUUUGUCCCGAGGUGUGAGCUUGACAUGGAUACCACUGUGGGAAACAAACAUUAUGGGCUAGAUUACAAGUGGAGCGCUAAAUUAACGCAAGCUCGCGGUAGCAAUUAGUGUUUAUAAAAUUAACCAGAGGUUAGACCUCUGGUUAAUUUUAUAAAUAUGCCACAAAUGCCCCCAAAAUACAGUCUAGCAUAUUUUAAUAAAAAAUAAAGAUAGCAGCAUCUUUAUUUUUUAAUAAAAUUACUGCACUAGGCAGUAUUCUGGGGCUAAAGUUGGUGGGA